AUGCACAAUGUCCAAGCUCUGAAUGACGAGAUGCAACCAAAAUACAUGCACAAUGUACAACCUCAGGAGGUUGAGAUGCAACUACCAGAGAUGCACAACGUACAAGCUCUGGAGGUCAAGAUUGAGCUGAAGGACAUACUCAAGGAAGCUGAAAAUAGAUUAUUUCUCAACAGCUGUCAGGACUUGGACUUGACGGAGUAUCAUGUUCUUGCAAUGAUUGAUAGGAUGAGCAGAACUCCCUCCCCAAUUCUACCCAAAACAGACAAACUGGACAAGCUCUUCAGAAUCACCUUCCCAGCAUGAUAUGAAUACCUGUCCACAGAGGAUGUCCUCUCUGCCUAUGAGUCCCUGAUGUCUAUGUCAGUGCCUGAGACCUGUUACAACUACACUCUCUCUAAGUACGGAGCUGGAGUGUUAUUUCCUCCCCUGGUCCAGAAGUCACAGCAUGGUGAAGGAGAACCAGUACCCAUCUUUUCUUGCUCCCGCUCGGCUGUACGAGACCUCGUGUUCCCAGAACUGGAAGAUCUUCUCUUCCCACUACAAGACGCAUAUCUCGAAUCUGAGGAGGAGGAUGACUGCUGCCCUAUCCAAGUGGUCACUCACUCAGACAUCCAGGCCAAAGAAGCUGUGUUGCCCUCCUCCUCUUCUGCAGCCCCAGAUGGAUACCCACCAAACACUAAUUUCUAUAGCCAGAGAGGCUGGAGAGGGAAUUGGAAGAGCCUGCUCUCCCUGAGGAGGAUCCGCUUCCCAGGAAAGGGCAGCACUAACAGUAGCUGGUGCUGGAGGUCUGGUGCCUGGGUGUCUCCAGCUCUGGGUCAGGCUCAGAGGGCUCGGCCACCUCCCAUUACACCAAGCAGCCAAGCUGAUACAAUUGUCAACGCGGCAACCAGGACCUCCCAUCCUCCUCCUGAGGUCAUUCACCUCUGA